UCCCGCGCCAUAACCGCACAGGCUCCAGCGACCCGCCGGCCUCCACGGCGGCGCCGUCGCCACGCCGCCGCCCCCCGCAUGUCGCCGCCGCCUCUGCCCCCUGCGCUCCACCGCGUGCUCUCCCUCCUCCAGCGCGUCGCCUCCCCACGCCAACUCCUCCAGGCGCACGCCUUCCUCCUCCCCCGCGGCGGCCACCGCCACCCGCGCCUCCUCUGCGCGCUCCUCCUCGCGUCCCUCCGCCUCGCGCCCCGCUACCGGCCCCACGCUGCCGCCCUUCUACGCCGCGUGCACCCCGCCGUCUCCCUCAGGGCCGCCGCCCGCCUCCCGCCGCCACUCCUCCGCGGGAGCCUCCUCGGGCCGCAGCUCCACUCCCUGCUCCUCCGCGCCGGCCUCGCGGCCUCCGACGCCCACGUCUCCGCCAGCCUGGUCCAGGUGUACUGCGCCUGCGGACGCGUCGCCGCCGCGCGCAGCGUGUUCGACGAGAUGCACGGCAGGGACGUGGUGGCCUGGAACGUUAUGAUCGCGGGGUACGUGAAGUCCGGGGACCUGGUCGGCGCGCGCGAGCUGUUUGAUGCAAUGCCUGAGAGGAAUGUGGUUUCGUGGACGACGUUGAUUGGGGCGUACGCGCAGAUGAAGCAGCCAGAGGAAGCAGUAGAGGUGUUCCGGAGAAUGCAGGUGGAGGAAGGGAUUGAGCCUGACGGGGUGGCGUUGCUGUCAGUUCUGUCCGCAUGCGGGGAUUUGGGUGCGGUUGAUCUAGGGGAGUGGGUGCACAUGUUUGUGGUGAGGCGGGGGUUAUUCCAGAAGAUACCACUGAUGAAUGCGAUCAUUGACAUGUACAUGAAAUGCGGGUGUAUCGAGAAGGCAGUGGAGGUGUUUGAGGGUAUGGAGGAGAAGAGCGUCGUGACUUGGACAACACUGAUUGCUGGAUUUGCAUUGCAUGGCCUUGGUUUGCAAGCUGUCGAAAUGUUUCGCAUGAUGGAGACCGAGAAUGUGGCGCCAAAUGAUGUCACUUUUCUUGUUGUCCUCUCAGCGUGUAGCCAUGUUGGAUUAACUGAUUUGGGCCGCUGGUUUUUCAAUGUCAUGGUGUCCCAUUACAGGAUGAAGCCACGUGUUGAGCAUUAUGGGUGCAUGAUUGAUAUACUUGGUCGUGCUGGUUGUUUAAUGGAGGCUCAGGAUUUGGUUCAGGGGAUGCCUUUCAAGGCAAAUGCAGCAAUAUGGGGUGCUCUUCUUGCUGCUGCUAGGACUCAUGGUGACACUGGCCUUGGAGAACAAGCUUUAUUGCAUCUAAUUGACCUUGAGCCUCACAACGGUGGGAACUAUAUUCUCCUAUCAAAUAUUUAUGCAGAACAGGAGAGGUGGGAUGAUGUGAGCAAACUCCGAAAAGCAAUGAAAGAAAGGGGUCUAAAGAAUGUGCCAGGGGCAAGUUCCAUCGAAAUUGAUGGCAUGGUUCAUGAGUUCACUUCGAGAGAUGGAUCCCAUCCUUGCUUACAUAAGAUUUGUGAAAUAUUAUGUAAGAUCAACACCAAUAUGAAAUCUGUUGGUGUUAUUGUUGUGCUUCCUGAAGUACUGCAUGAUAUUGAAGAAGGCUAAUAUCACUGCAGCCAUAUACCGCAGCCCAAACUUGCACUUCAUGGCAUGGUUCAUGAGUCACUCCUUGAGUCUCAUUUUUGUAAAAAAGACAUCUAACACUUUAUAUGGCAUCAAGGCCUCAACAAAGUGGUCAGCGAUGGUAACUUGAAGUUCACUGAUUGUGUCCACUUAUUGGUCAAUGCUUCUUUCCGAAGAAGGAUUGAGUAAUUCUUUUACAUUCAGCAAGUCAUAAACAUUUGCGUCAUGGAUUAGCUGAGCUCAGGAAAGGAUUUGACUUAGAGCAUUGGUAGUUGCAUAAACAAGUUCAAAGCUCAAAAACUUCUAUCCGUAUGGACUGUUGGUUGAAGGUAGAGAACCAUCUGUAGGGGCUUCUAGCAUGGUAUAAACUGAUCAUUGUAUCCCCAAGCUUCUCCUUUUGAACACAUAUUGAACAAAAUAGGCCACUAUCUUUUCAGCUUUAUCUUGAAAGUUCUCUAGCACUGUGGCGUAAGUUGCUGUCUUAAAUAUGUCAUAAUAACAACUGUAAAUGUGGUAUGUAUGGAUGCCAUUUGUUUGAAAUGCUUAUAGAUGUAAAUAACUCUUCCUCAGAGUUAGAAUAUUGACAUAGCUUUUUGAAUGCUGUAAAAAUAUCUGUAUGAAUAUGACAGUGACAUGGCAAAUUUUA